AUGAACGAUGAGAUAAACAAGCGACACUUGGAAGCGUCUUUGGUUUCAGUAGCUCCAUCGAAUAUUACUCAAGAAAGACGCAAUAUUGACUUGAUGGAUAAGCAAAUCCCGAAUCAUUCUACGUCAGAUGACUCAGAUGUAUUUAGCAGUCUUUACAAUGAAACAACUUAUCGGUCGAAUUUUAUCACUUCAAAGCUGAGAACUACAACUUCUGCAUCAUUAAUUCUUUUGAAACCCCUAAGUUCUAAAGGAACAGCAAAAAAUAAUCAGAUUAUGACGAAGACAAGUGCAAGGCAAUCGACAAAAGAAACGUUCAACCCAUCUCUUUCUAAUUCUUCAUUGAAAAGAAUAAUCGAGACAACAAUGCCAUCAGUUCUUUUCACAGAUUUCACAGAAAGCUUUUUUGCAUCCAGUAAGCCGAUAAAUAUGGAUCGCUCUGAUGGAUCAUAUAUCGAUGAAGACACUAAUUACUCUCCAUUUGAGAAUGAAGAAAAUAAUCCUGUAUACGAUGACGAGGCUCUUGAAACAAAAGAUUCAUCAUCAUAUACAUCAGUUAACCCUCUCGAUCUAAUCUCAUCACUAGCUGACAGUUUUCCAUACAAAAUUUCAAACGAAAUUCGGCGUGCUCCUAUUAAACCAAAGCGAAAACAAAUUGGAGCAGCAUAUCGUGAAUUUAAAGGUUACCCAAGUAAGCCAACAAACAAGUUGGACCAUGAAUUUAAUUUUCCAUCCUUUGGUGAUGAAAAUAUUGAUUAUUUUACUGAUAUUUACACUUUCCAUCGAAUUGAUUUCACUGACUGUCUAAAACAUAACUUUAUAGAAGCUGACAUAGAUUAUGGAGAAAGUGACUUUUUAAUGAAAAAAUCCGCUGAUGGUAGUCGAACGUACGUACCUGAGAAGGAAGAACCUCUAACACCAUCUGCGUUUGCAUUGUACAACAAAAGUACUCAAAAUGAUGCUUUUGAAAGUCAAAAAAAGCAAGAAGACAUAUUAGAAGACAAUGAAAAGGAUGAUAUAAAUGAUGAUACCAACAAAGAACUAUUACGAAUGGAUAGUGAAGAUAUUGAUUCUAUAACAGCAGAUAUAGAUAAUCUGCCGCUAGUAGCACUUUCUUCGACUGUUUCAAGUGAACAAGAGCAUUUGAAAAUUCCUGCUAUUGUUAGACAUACCAUCAAUCAUAAUUCGAGUUCGACAGAAGCAGAAAAUAUGCCCAAUUUCGAAUUAGAGGAUGAAAAUUUUUAUGAUCCAGCAACUUUUUAUCGCACACCAUCAUUGAAACCACUAUCUCCAACGGAGAAAGUGUUAACAUUUUGUACGAAGGAGAUAGCGAUUCGAGAUCGGCACAAUUUAGUAAUUGCAUGUGGCGGUGAAACAGAAAUUUGGCAGCCAUUUCGAUGUCCUGAAGGGAGUGAAUGCUUUUUAUCAGCUGAUUCCAGUUAUCGAAUCUGUUGUGCAGUAGCGGAAGCUGCUCAUUACGCUCGCUGA